AUGAUAGGUGGAUCUGGGGCGACUGUGCUGUUUGAGGAGCCAACCAAGGGGAGCAACAAUGUGGGAGUGGUGGUGAGUCCAGUUCAUCUUGCCAGCCUUGGCGAAUUCGGGAGUCCUCAGUUUGUCGCGGACAAGCUCAUACAAGCUGAAAAGCACAAAGUAGGUGCUUCUUCAAUCGAUUGCUUGGUUCUGAAUGUGGAAUGUCUUAACAGUACGGCGUCCGUAGCCACUUAUGUUUUGGGGCAAUUGAUUAUUUGGGUCUCGCUUCUCUCGUCCGAAGGCCUUCUCUCUCUCCCCGAUCUUCUCCACCGCUCCUUUUCAACUCCACGACCGCCCAACCCCGACCGUCGCCGUUGGAACCAGCCACCACCGUCUCCAUCGAAGCCCAGCCACCAUGGUGAUGUUCUCUCGUCCAAAGGCCUUCUCUCUCCCCGAUCUUCUCCACCACUCCUUUUCAACUCCACGACCGCCAACCUUGAUCAUUGCCAUCGGAACCAGUCACCACCGUCUCCGUCGAAGCCCAGCCACCAUCGUCGCCGUCGGAGCCUCGGCCACCACUGUCGCCAGCCACCCAACGCCGGACUCUCUUUUUGCUUCGGUAAAUAUUAUUUAGUAGAUGCUGGAUAUCCAAAUUCGACGGGUUAUUUGGGACCAUACAAAGAAGUUAGAUAUCAUUUGCCAGAAUUUCAACAAAGUCCCAUCCCUACAGGCUAUCAAGAGGUAUUCAAUCGUGCUCAUUCCUCGCUGCGAUUAGAAAUUGAGCGAGCUUUUGGUGUGUUGAAGAAGAAGUGGAAGAUCCUAAAGUAUAUGCCAAAUUUUCCAUUUGAAAAGCAAGUAAAAAUUGUUAUAGUAGCAAUGACUUUGCAUAAUUACAUACGACGAAACGCCGCCAAUGAUAGACAUUUUGCAAGAGCAGAUUUGGAUCCCAAUUAUGGAUAUUCAGUUGACCUUUAUAAUACAAAUGAGGGGGCCGUUACUUCAAAUGAUAAUUUAUUUUCUGACAUGGCACGUUUACGUGAUCAAAUAGCAAUGAGUUUAGUAAAUACUUGAGGGGGAUGUUUGUAAUUUUCAAUGAAAACCUAUUUCUUUCUUUGA